AUGACACGAUCAGAAAACUAUACCGGGAAGGAGGCGCAACAGUACGAUCGUGAAGCUGGUCACGGUUCGCUGGUGACAUGCAACAAUAAUGUCGAGUCGGAACGGCAAGGCUCGACUGUUUCGGAGACUCCUUCACCUUCUCUGAAUUCAACCGGGUCAUGCUGUUCGAGGACACCAGCUUUAUCCUCAAAAGACUGGGGAGUGUCUCCACUUUCCUUCGGAUCAGAUUCUCCAGGUUCAUCGCCAGCACGUCUCUUACGGAAUGCCAGUGGUUCCCGGAGCAUGAACCAUGACGAUGACGACCUCCUGCAUGACAGUGGCAAAGGCGUCUCCGGAGCAAACCUGCAGAAGUCGAUACGUGUUCCAGCUCCUUCAACGCAGCCUUUUGCUAGGGAGAGCAAAGAGAACCUCAUGACCCGCCCGAUCUCUUCCAUGAAAAAUACUACGAAGUUGACGAAACGACCUUCUCUCUCCUUAUCCACGAACAAUUUCACUGUUCUCAGUGAUGCCAAUAAUUCGCCUCCUUCGAUUUCCAUCGCAUCUCCCUCUCCGACUUAUUCGCCAUGCAAGCAAUCUACACUGAAGCGGAAGGAUAAUAUGAACGUUUUCCGCAGGUCUGCCCCUAUGCCCGUGAUAGACGAUCCACUGUUUCUACCAACAUCACAAGUAACUCCUCGGCCUCAUUCUCAACCAGCCUUAAUAUCUUUACCGUCCCCUUCACCUUCUUCACCGACACAUAAACGCAAUUCCUCAUCAACGUCUAUACCCAUUACGAGUUUUCAAGCACACGCACGUUCGUACUCACAACCCAACUCUGUUCGGCUGGGGCAUCCAAAUCGACCCUAUUACAGCGCCAUCCGCAAAGACAUGUCAUCUCCUGAUACUACGACAUUAGCUUAUACUCGCUCUGCUUCUCCACCGUCUUCCUUCUCGUUCCCUCGUAAUGCCAGACUGUCUUCCCAGAGUCAGAGCGUUCAGGAUCCGGAGGAUUUAGUGUCAACGUUCGUGAACAGUCCUUCUAGCGUUUGUGCUGGCGUCGGUACCGAAACAACCACUGCUGUCAGAAAACACAACGAGCGCCACCAGUCCGCACCUGCGCUUUCGAGAAAGGAGGAGAUGGAACUGAGGUUAGCGUUGGCGAGGAAUGUAAGGGGACCUACUGAAGAUACAGAUGUGGGACGGCAGCCUGGUGCUACCGAUACACUGAAGCGUAAAAUGGAGAAAUUUCGAAAGGGUUUCAAGGACAUGUGGAGAUGUCGUUCAUGA